AAAAUCCUUGACAUCGGUACCGGGACUGGAAUAUGGGCUAUUGAUAUGGCCGACGAGUAUCCAUCCGCUGAGGUAGUUGGCACAGACAUUUCAGCCGUUCAGCCAGCAUUCGUGCCUCCAAACUGCAGCUUUCAAAUCGAUGAUGCCCAACGCAACUGGACGUUCAAGCCUGAUGAAUUUGACUUCAUCCAUAUCCGCUAUCUUUACGGUGUGAUCGACGACUGGAAGAAGCUAUACCGUCAAGCAUAUACCCACGUACGGCCAGGAGGUUGGGUCGAGAGUCUUGAGAUCGACAUCGAAACGCACAGCGAGAACCCCAAGAUUGAGAAGGACGAAAACCACAUCUUCAAAAAAUGGUGUAAACUAUUCUUUGAGUGUGGUCGUAAGACUGGCCGAACUUGGAAGAUCGCGCGGGAUGGUCGCCAGGAGGAGUACAUGCGAGAAGCAGGAUUUACAGAUCUAUCCUCCAAAUCGUGGAAGCUGCCCGUUGGAGGUUGGCCUCAAGACAAGAAGCUGAAGCAGAUUGGUCUAUAUAAUGGGGCUUUUAUCCCAAUUGGAGAGAUCCUGGGUUGGUCGAAAGAGGAGGUUACGGUUCUGGUCAGCCAGAUGCGAAAGGCACUCAAGGAGCCAAGAGCGCUGCCCUAUUUUACUGCCCGUAUGGUCUAUGGUCGAAAACCUGAAAGUAUUCCUGAGACUGCUUAA